AUUUAGGGGGGAGAUAUUAUGAGGCUGGUGUCAUUAGGCGAUAGCCAUUGAAUCAUUCAAUCUUUUUUACUUGCCGUAUUUUUCGGUUUUUCCCUUUUUCUCGAUAAUUUUCUUUCUCUCUCAGGUCAUUUCCAUGGUUUUCAGAUCCCCUUUAGAGCUUUAUCCCUCCCAUUUCUUCCUGCCAAACUUCGCUGAUCGCCCUCUGCUCCUGGCGAACAGCGCUCCCACCACCAGGUCUCCAGAAGACUUGUCCAUGUUUCAACUACCGACCCUCAACUUUUCCCCGGAGCAGGUGGCAAGCGUCUGUGAGACGCUGGAAGAGACCGGGGACAUCGAACGGCUGGGCCGCUUCCUCUGGUCCCUGCCUGUGGCUCCGGGAGCGUGCGAGGCGAUCAACAAGCAUGAGUCCAUCCUGCGCGCUCGGGCCGUGGUGGCGUUCCACACGGGGAAUUUCAGAGACCUCUACCACAUCCUGGAGAACCACAAGUUCACCAAGGACUCUCAUGGCAAACUGCAGGCCAUGUGGCUGGAAGCUCACUACCAGGAGGCCGAGAAGCUCCGCGGUCGUCCCCUCGGACCUGUCGAUAAGUACCGGGUACGGAAGAAGUUUCCGCUGCCUCGAACCAUCUGGGACGGCGAGCAGAAGACGCACUGUUUCAAAGAGCGGACACGGAGCCUGUUGAGGGAGUGGUACCUUCAGGACCCAUAUCCAAAUCCCAGCAAGAAAAGGGAACUGGCUCAAGCCACUGGACUCACUCCCACACAGGUCGGAAACUGGUUUAAAAACCGGAGGCAAAGAGACAGAGCUGCGGCUGCCAAAAACAGGCUCCAGCACCAAGCAAUAGGACCAGCCGGUAUGAGGUCCCUCUCAGAGGCCGGUCUCACCCCUCACAGCUCGGCAGAGUCGCCUUCAACCGCGGCAAGUCCCACCACCAGCGUUUCCAGUAUGACAGAGAGAGUUGAUACUGGGACGUCCAUCCUGUCCGUCACAUCCAGUGACUCGGAGUGCGAUGUAUGAUACGGAGAAAAAACACACAAAAACAAACAAAAAGAGAAAUAUUUACAGGGAAAAUGGACCUGAGAGGAAGAAAAAAGACUAUGAAAUAUCGCGGAUGAAAAAAGGACCGAUUGAUAUAAA